AUGAAGCUCCAACAUCUCGCCCUCCUAGCGUUCGGCGCCGCAGCCGUCUCGGCUGCGCCUGGAAUUCAACUGAGUGAAGGUAUCGGGUCUCGAAACGACUGCGCCCACGACAACCUUCUUCGGUGCCUCAUCGCCAGCCCCAGUAUCGCAAUUCCUUUCUGCAGUUCUUCAGCAAACGUGCUGAUCUCCCUACCAACUGUGACUGUCACAGUCACACCCACUUCCUUCGUCGCUGCCACGGAUGUGACCACAGAUUUCGAAACGUUGACUGAUACGUCCAUCGAGCUGCGAACGGUCACCCCGACCCCGAUCGUGGCCGAGACACUGACCUCCUCGCCCCCGGAGAACAGAGAAAGAAGGAAGGGCUGCCCGGCACCCAAUUGCAUCCGUGUGUUGAACCCUCAGCCAUCGUCCGCAUCACAUGGAUGCUCGUGCUUUUCGGGAAGCUAUCUUGCGACCGCUUCAACAUUUACAUCUACGGUCACUGCCCCGGCUGUUACAAAGACGUCACAGACCCUUUGGAGAACUGAGAUAUCGACGGCCACCGUCAUUGUUACAAUAAACUACCGUGUUCGGACAAACUUCUAG